UGAUAUUUCAACCUUUCAACAGAAGUGUUUUAAAGGGACCAAUCUCUAUCACACAGAAUCAAGAAUGAUCCCAGUUUUUAUGAAUUAAAACUUUUCUGUCCAAAUUCAUCAUUAAUCAAUUUAUAUAACAACCCAAUUCGGCCACUUUUUUUGUUUUUAAGCAGGGCAUUUGCUAUGGAAACUGAAGGAGUUUUUGAAGAUAAUCAUCACAAAUAUGGGUUCUUUUUUCCAGUGCCAAACAUCAAAUUGUUUAUUACAACAAGAGAAAAUGGUUAAGGAAUUGCAAAUUUCAUCUCAACAAUUCCUGGCUGCCUUUUUUUGGGGAAAGUUACAAUCUUUGCUCCUCUUUUACUUCUGUCUUGGGUUAAUAGUAGUUUGUUUGAAUUUUCUUUGAGUUGAAAGUGAUAGAAAUGCAUAUUCAUUUUUUGUGGCUUGUGGAUAUAUUAUCAUGACUGAUUCUUCAAGUAUGUAGUAGUACAAUUUGUGUAGUUUGAUAGAAAAUUGAUUUUGUGUAAGAAGGGUUGGUUUUUAUGAUGGAUUUGGAUAUUCUAGUUUUACAAUAUGUCUGACCAGAGAAUGGAACGAGGAAACUUAGUAACCGAUAGAAUCAAAUACACACGAUAAGGAAGAAAGAAUGGAAUUUUCAUAACUAGUUUUUCCUCUUUUUUUUUUUUUUUUAAAUAACAGUGGUGUCCGUGCAAGCUUUCGUGUAACUCGACUAAAUCCACGGUAUACCUGCCACCUCUAGCAAUAGAUAUUAGGUACUUUUGUCUACCAAGGCUAGGACAGAGAGGAAGAAUCACCUAGUGUUUUUUUGUUUCUGUUGGGAUUUGAACCUGAGACCUCAUGUUCUCAACCCACUUGAUUGCUAUGUCUCUUUUAUUUGUGAAAUUUAUUAAGUUUUAUCGUACCCGUGGACACACAAAAGACUAUUACUUAAUUGGUACUUAUUAGUUGAAUUAAAAUACACUUUCUGCUUUCCCCGUAAUAUAUAACUGAUUUGUGUUACAGUACUAUAGGAAUUUCUGUAUUAGUCCACCUUUUGCACUUCUGGUCUUCCUUUUUGUUUUUGAUUUGUUUUGUAUUGUACCAUGGCCUUCUGUUACAAGCUGUUUGCAUCCUAAGGGAAGAGUUCAUACUAAGGUCAGAAAUGACUAGGUUUGCACUAUUUAAACUUAGAAGUCAUUUAUUAAAUAUGUUAACCCCCCCCACCAAAAAAAAGGUUCAUCACAUAAAUGUAGGGAUAUUUAUUCAUCGCAGCUUUUAAUUAUUACCUAGCAGGUAAAAUGUUAGCAAUUUUUCCUACCCCUUGAAAAAAAAAAGAUUCAGAGGAGGAUCAUGACUCGUUCUCAUUGAUACCAGCAAAUUAUAUCUUCAGACUUUAAUAUUCCAGCUUCUUUUAAAUCAUGUUUCUUCUUAUCUACCAAGUAUAUUAAGUAAUAAUAACAGUAUUCUGUAACGGUCGAUUGUAGUGUUUAAUUUGCACCAAGAUUUUGUCUCUCUCCAACAAUCAGCUUUCCUGUUUUGGGUUAGGUGCUUAAUUGAGUUGACUAUUUAAGUUGAGUAACUUUUAUAUACCUUCCUGUCACCUCAUACAGUUGUUCUCUGGAAUAUAGAGUCUUUGUCACCAGUUAGCGAGAAGAUCUGGAUCACCAAAUAUGAUCUUUUAAAGGUGUAGCAACAGUCAGUGGUCUCACCAGUUAGCGAGAAGAUCUGGAUUACCAAAUAUGAUCUUAAAGGUGUAGCAACAACCAGUGGUAGGGAUGUGCAUUUCCCAUACAUUGGGUGGUUAUAACAAUAAAAUUGCAGACGAAGUACCUGAUUGAUGGUCCAUUUGGGCAUAAAUAUCAUGUUAUUUGCAAAUAUUGAUGUUUAUUAUUCACAAAUACGAGUAUUUGCUAGUACUUCUGCUUUCUGAAUUUCAACUGAACUGAUUUUAAGGUGCAUUUCAAGUGAAAUAUUUGUACGCGCAAAUCUUCAACUUCCACAGUUCUUUUUUCAAGUCAAGUUCAUAGAAGCCUGUUAUAGAGAUCUUCUAGAUUGAACAGCUCAGAAAACAUACGAGUGUCCUUCCAAGCAUUUUAUCUCGCAUUGUCUCUAGUAGGUUGAAAUGCUUAUGAUGUUACUAGCCGCUGCAGUAUCUGGAGCCUUCGAGGCAUUUGAUAUUCUGCUCAACUUCGUUUCAACUUUCUUUUGAAGCUUUGGAAUCAAUGAAGCGUAGCAGAUACUUCCUUUUUUCAGGGUGCAAAAAUGGAAGAAAAGGGGAAACAGGAUAGCACUGCCAAUAUGAUGAAUGUGAACGAGAAUUGUAUGGACAUUGAAAUCAUCUGUAGACAGGAAGAGAAUGUUGGUGAUCAGCUCCCUUAUGCAGAUGAAGAGCUGAUAACUCAUUUUCUUGAUAAGAAAAUGAUAGAUCAGCGCUUUCUCGAUCACACUGUUCAUGAUGUCGACUUCUUCUUGUACCAUCCUCAGCAGCUUUCUCAGAUCUUUCACUUGGUGAAAAACAGUAGUUUCAUUUUGACAGAGAUGUACCAUCCUUCUCAAGCGAAAGAAUGGUACUUUCUGAGCCCGUCAACCCAGAAGUAUACAGAGGGAAGUCAAUGUUACAGCUCGAACACUGAUGGAUAUUGGGAACCUUGUGGAGCAGAUUCUCUAUUCCACAAGGAUGGUAAGCUGAUUGGAUACCGAAAGACACUAAACUACAAUGAGGGGAAACAUGAGAAGGAUAGGAAGAGGACUGAAUGGCUAAUGCAUGAAUACAGACUGGACAGGAGCAGAGACGUAAGAACUGGUAGUACUUCUGAUGACAUGCAGUGGGUAUUUUGCAAGUUAUUCAAGUCGAGUGACAAUUUCCUGGCAGCAGAGGAUAAGGUAGUCACCAAAUUUGCUGGUCCAACUGAUGGGGUAUCUAGCACGGACCAUACAAUUCAAGGCCCAGAGGAAGCAAACGACGUAAUGGAUCAUAAGGGGCCUAGUAAUGGUUGUAGCUGUGAUUUGCAGUCUCUACCUGAAACUGAUCAGCGCACCACGACGCCCUACUCUUCUUCAAAAUUGCUUGAUCAGGCCAGUAAGAUUUCAAGCUUUGACAAACCUGUUACAUGCUCCCAGCGUGACCAGGGAACUAUUGUUUCCACUCCGACGCGUCAGUAUGUUCAGAGAACUACAGUUACUCUUUCACCACCUGCAUCUGAUCAAGGCUUUAUGAUGCCUCACUUACCGAAUGCAAAAUCUCAGCUUACGUGUGAUCAGGGAACUAGGCAUUCUCCUCCGCUUCCUCAAAAUGAUCAGAGAACAAAGCCUCCUACUUCGAUAGGGUCACACAAAGCUAACAGUGGUAUGGUUACUGACAAGGACUCAAGCAAAAGUCUAAGCUGUGAUUUACGUCCACAAGAUGUUGCAUCCAGCCAGGGCCUUGUGAUAUCUCGCUAUUCUGACAAAAUUCUUGAUGAGCCCACUGGAAUUUGCAGCUUUGAUGGGACCAUCGCCAACCAUGAGCUUGGUACUAUGCUUCCUUCUCGUCCACAACAUGGUAAGCAAAAGGUCCCUCCUGAACCUCAAUAUAAUCAGCAGACUAUGGUUCCUCCUCUUUCAGGCAUACACAAUGUGAAUAAUGAUGAGAUUAGUGCCAAGCCACCGACGCUCAACCGUCACUGUGUUGCAUCGGAUCUUCCUUCCUCUGAUCAAGUCCCUAAACGUCCAUUGGUUGAAGGUUCACCCCGUGAUAGUCAUGAAAAUGAAGCAGCUGUAGCACCAGGAUAUGAUGGGUGGCUGUUAUAUACUACAGAAAGGCUGUCACCAUUUAAUGGACCGUUUGAGUCCUUGACUGAAGAAGAGUUGGCCUUCUUUGACAAGCCUGAUCCUGAAUAUCCACAGGCCUAUGAGAAGAAAAGGCCAAGAAAUUAUUGAAAGUAAGAACCAUGAUAUUGUACUUCUACUAUUCCAUUGGAUCAAAUCAGUAUUAUAGUUUUUUUUUAAAAAAUUACGAACUUCCAGUUCUAGUUAGAACUACAAAAGGUAUGAAGGCACUGUAUAAAAGUUUCAGGGCCAAAUAAUUGUGGAGGCCUUCAGACAGUUGUUUUAGCAUUUAUCAUCUGUAUUAAAUAAUCUAUUACUGGUUUGUAUCUAUGUUUGUUGUUAUCUA